UUUUUCAAGGAUUAGAAAAGUACAAAGUAAAUUAAACCAAGAUUAAAAUUAAUAGUCGUGAAACAACGACGCUUGAUAUUCAACUGUGUGUUACAUGCUGCUUGGAGUACCGAGGACUCUUAUUUUUAGAUAUGAAAGAAAGGGAAGAGAAAAUAAUUGCUUUCCACUCCAUACGUACAGCCUUUGACAAGAUGAUAAAAACGAAAUGACUGAUCCACUCAACACCGUCAUAAUGGAGACUCCGUACCCCGAGUCCGAAAAUUGUCUGAAGGUAUCUUCGCCGAUGCUGAAUGUAGCUCGGCAGGACUCGGGCGUACCAGAGGAUCUCGCUUCGCCUCUCAAUGGGGAAGAGGAUCCAGAUCUCACUAUGAACAGUGAAUGCAACAUCACUGUCAUCCACAUCACCGAAUCGCAGAACAGCAAGGCAAACGAAAAGUCGCUGGCCGAGAAUAAAGAUAGCAAAGACGGCAGCGAUAGCGGAGUCGAAGGUUGUGCGACGGAAGUUCCGAGAGUACGUAGUAGGAACAGUGUCGACUACACGAGUAGUUGCGGCGGUCUAGAUGAGGCCUCCUGUGAUUCAAGUCUUGUUAGUUGUUGCUCGGUAUAUGAGGACGCAUGUGGAUCCACAUUGCCAGACGACGUACGGCUGAGUGCCACCGGCGGUGAAGGCACGAGCGAGGGCGGUAGCGAAAGUUCAUCUAUCGCCGGCAGCGUGUCUGUACGAACGAGCCGUAUGAAUGUGAAGAGAAAUACGACAACAUCCAACACGACUAAAAAAAAGAUCACGAGCGGUAGCGAAUCGCAGAAGAGCGUUCGCGCAAAACCAGCGAGCGCGACCUCGGGCACAAGUUUAGGCACGGCGACUCCACGGUCCAAAUCACGAACAGCGACUCCUAGAAAUAUAACAACCAAAACUCCAAGCGCUACUAGGGACCACCGACCACGAUCGAGAGAAAAAUUGAGCGCUCGAGAAUCGAGCUCCUCGCUUGUCGCAGAGGUCACCAAGACGCCUGUUGGUAAUCGUGCUACAGCGACAUAUGGUUGUCGAUCCAACAACAGCACAGUAUCCAAUUUAAUAUCGACUCCCACAUCUUCCACAAGGACGAGAACAAGACCGCUGCCAGACUCGCUGCCAUCCGCACUGACCACGGAGAUCAACAAGGAUCUUGCGCAACGUGGCGGAAGAGUCAUCAGGAGUGAUUCGUCAAGAUCGAGGACUACAUCCAGCACGCGCGGAACACGCACACCGGCGUCCACGCCGUCUGAGGAAACGAAAGCAAAAAUACCAUCCUUGUCAACCCCUCGCGUUCUCUGUGCAAAAAGUGCGGCCUCGCGUGCUGAUAACAAACUUGCUGGUCAAGAUAACAAAGCACUUGAUACAUACGCAACGUUGCCGCGUAGAAACAGAAAUAAGCUGACGAUCUCGAAAGCCGGAGAGAAGACAGACAAGACAAUUAGAAGUAGAUCUGGAAGUCGAGAUGUUAGUCUAAACAGAACUAUUGAAAAGAAAAACAUCAUUGCGAAGGAUUCGUCUUCCGUUCAUAAAAGCUUGCCGCCGUAUCCUAGACAAAGAACGGUUGAGAAAACUCGUAUAUAUCACGAGAUUAGCGCGCAGACUGGUUUAACAGGACAGGAUAUUGAAAACGUGAUGUCCGGACAACCAAGCGCCAUCACCGGACCUGAGGUCAUCGAAAGAUUGCACAAGGGUUGCCAAACGGAGGAGACGUGGGACGACAUGCAGACUUUGCAGGAUAACUUGAAACGCUUGAAUGAGGAAAACAAUAGUCGACGAGAAGAAAACGAGAAAUUGAAGCUCGAGUUGGCCGAAGUGAAUCGUCUACUAGAAGAAGAACGAGCCGAUCAUGCAUUUGCACGUCAGGAACUCGAUAGAAACGCGCAACGGGUACUAGCUAUGCUAGGUACACCGCAAUCGGAACACGCAGAGGGUAGUGACAGUUUUCUCGAACUCGAAUGUCAUAUACAAUCAUCGGGACAAGUCGUUGCUAAUCAACAAGUCGAAAUAGCUGAUCUACAAUCUCUCUGUCGUAUGUUGAGCAGGGAUUUAGACAAAAGUUUAGCCGCGCAGAAGUCCUUAUUACAGCAACAACAAGAAUUAGAAGCCGAAUCAGCCGAGAUGCAAUAUUUUCUUCAAGAAGAAAAAGCCACCUUGGCGGAUGCACUUAAAGAUGCUGAAUUGGAACUUAAAAAGAAAGGGGAAAUUUUAACUCAAAGAGAGAUGGAAUUAGAAAGACAAACGGAGGAGUGUAAGCAUUUAGUACGAAUUAGCGAACAAAGAAGACAAGAGAAUUUAUCAAUGAAUCUAAAAUUGAACGCUGUUGAACGAAGAAGCAGAGAGCUUUUACUCACUCAGGGCGCUGCUAUGUCCGGAGCGGCUGUAGCUCUUUCUGGACUUAGUACUAGAUUAGAAGGAUUAAUAGAUCAAUUGAUUGCUUCCUAUAAUAUCUCAAUAAAAGAUCUUGAGGAUGUCAUAUAUCAUAAUGAAGCAUACAGUAGAAGUAACAGUAGCGUGGAGUCUAGUCCAGUUAGCUCUAAGCAAAGCUUGAAGGAACGUACCCCAAGUCCGAAAAGUGGAUCCUUUGUUUCUGCAGUAAUUAGUGCGAUUCGGAACGCAGCGACGCAUCCCUUCGCAGCGAGAAAUAUCGAUAAAAAAUCUAAUUUAGAUUCAUCUAAACAGAUUUACAAAGAGUUAAGCAUGGAAUCAUCGUCUGAUUUGCUUGACUUUGAAACUGAACCGUGUCUGAUGAUGGAAAGCGUUUUGGAGGAUGUACCUUUGCCAGAUACAUAUUCACAUAAUAUGAUAUCAAGCAGCGAUUCUCUUCGCAGAGCACUGAGUUUUCCCGAAACGACAGACGAGCAUAGUAUAAGGAAAACGAAAUAUGGCGAUGAAUGUACUAGUCUAACGAAUCUUACUCAAGCAAUCUUGCAUCGUCGCAAAGUGGAAGAUGAGGGUGAUGAUGAUUGCGAUUCCGUGAGCGAAUCCGACACUGGGACCAACGACGGUCCUGUUCCUUUGACGGAUUACUGUCCAUCUAUAGAUCUUGUCGAUCAAGUAAUCGAAGUAGAUAAUCUCGUCACUAAACUUCUGAAAGUGCUACGAAUCAUACAGCUCGACAAUGAUACGUGUAUACAGGAAUUAAAAGAAGAAAAAUCUAACUUAGAGAUAAAACUAGAAGCCACUGUAACAGAAUUGAACGAGCUUCGCAAGAUUCUCGAUAAUCUUCAUCAAUCGCCGGAAGAAGUUCUAAACAAUGUCCCAGAUCGACGACGUAGCGUUGUGGAGAAUUGCCGGAUUUUGCUCAAAGAGGCGGGUAAGGAGGAAUUAAAAUUUGACGAGGUCGUACUUGCUAUUAAUAGCAGUCCCGGCAAGAUAGACUGUGAAGAUCUCAAUGCGAACGAGGCGACUUCCGCUUAAAAUAUUUUAUUAAUUUUGUACAUUUUUCCCUAUAUAGUUAUUAUAAAUGAUUUCAAUUUCUAAGAAUGUUUAUGCCAAUUUUUGAGAGUCUAAAUUAUAUUAAAUAUUGAUAAAUCGUUUUAAUAUUAAUUAUAAAGACGACAUUUCUAAU